GGACCGCCCAUCUUGACCGUGUAAGGAAGCCUCGGACUGCGUGUUGUCGUUCCCUCUUCUUCUCCCCCCGACUUUCUCGCUCUCUUUCUUCCUCAUGCAUCAAACACUAUCCUUCUACCUACAUGACUUAUCGCCCACACAGCUGGGAAUUUCAGUCGUUCUCUUCGGAUUCUUCGUAUAUACCGCUACCAAGAUGCUUGGCUUUGGAACUCGUAACGAAUUUGUGGUGGACGGCCGGACCAUCGUGAUCACCGGUGGCUCCGAAGGCAUGGGCAAGGCCACUGCUUCCCUGCUUGCCGAAAAGGGUGCCAAUGUCGUCCUCGUUGCACGUACCACCGCGAAGCUGCAGGAGUCCAUGGAAGUUGUCAAGGGAUCCGCUGCGGACAUCAAGAAGCAAAGGUUCCACUUCAUCAGUGCCGACCUCACCAAUCCUGCCGAGUGCGAGCGGAUGAUCGAAGAGGUCACCGAGUGGAACGGCGGUCUCCCUCCUGAUGUCGUCUGGUGCUGUGCGGGCUACUGCAACCCUGGCUUCUUCAUUGACACGCCCGUGCAGACGCUCAGGGACCAGAUGGACACGGUCUAUUGGACUGCUGCCAAUACCGCUCAUGCCGUGCUGAAGAAGUGGCUGAAGCCUGUCGGCCCCAGCCAACAACAGGCCCUGCCUCGCAGACAUCUGAUCUUCACUUGCUCCACUCUUGCUUUUGUUCCCAUUGCUGGCUAUGCUCCUUACUCCCCGGCCAAGGCUGCCAUUCGUUCUUUGUCCGACACACUCAGCCAGGAAAUCGAAAUGUACAACGGCUCUCGCAUCACCAAGACCCGCUGCGAAGCGACUCCCGCCGACGUCAAGAUCCACACCAUCUUCCCCAUGGGAAUCUUGAGUCCAGGCUUCGACAAGGAACAGCGACUGAAGCCCGAGCUCACCAAGCAACUGGAGGCUGCUGACAAGCCCCAAUCCCCCAAGGAGGUUGCGAGAAUCUCAAUCGAGGCUCUGGAGAGAGGCGAGUACCUGAUCACCACGAUGUUUGUCGGCCACGUGAUGAAGGGAAGCGCUCUCGGCGGUAGCCCUCGGAACUACGCUAUCCGUGACACCUUGACCAGCUGGCUCAGUAGCCUGGCAUUUUUGCAGGUCACUCCCGAUCUCCGCAGGCAAGCUUGGAACUGGGGAGUGAAGUAUGGUCUUCCGGCGGCCAAGGAGAAGGAAUGAGUGCCAUCAUAUCGCAUGUUACGUCUGGUCUGAUGCUGUACAUUAAAUACCCUGUCCUGCUUUCUUGUGUUUAUCCUUAUAGCCUUUGACAUUCCUGUUCCUUGAAGCAUAUCCAUAACCACCUACGAUAAUGAACAUUAGUCUGUCUCCCUUGGGCGCUUCUUGCCUUUGAGGGUCCACAGGUAAUGAAUG